GCGUCUCCACCAUGUCGCCUGCCGACCCUUAAUCCUUCAUGCCUGAAUUUUUAUAUCAGAGUCUUUUCUAUAUCAGAGUGUUUACACAUUGUGUAUGUACAUAACGUCAAAGUUGCCGACGCUUUAAAUCGUCUCCUCAUUUUUCCAUGAAAUACACUGAUAAUUUAUUUACUCACGAAGAUUUAUUAUCUGUAUUUUAAUCUCUAAAAAUGGAUUCGUAUAUAAUACAGAUUCGACGAACCUGGCUCAACCAAGAUGGGGAAGCAUUGGCAGAUCUCUUAUCUCUGCGACACAGUCAUGUCUCUAUAUUUCAAGUUGUAUCAGAAACUGCCAUAAUCAAGGCUAUGGAACAUUUAUCUGUGCCAUUAGAUGAUUUGGUACUUUGUCACUUAAAAGCUGUAUCUACCAUGAAUAAGAAUGAUAUCCUUACUAUGUAUAAUUAUCAAAGUUCAGCAGUGCAAUGUCUUGCAAAGAUUCUUCAAAUGCAAAAGGAAGAAAAUUGGAUGCUGCCAGUAAUGAAUGUAAUGUGUCUAGAAUUGAGAUUAUCUGCGAUAGGUGUGGAAAACUCUAAAUCUAACAAAAAUAUGAAACAAGGAGAAAUUCUAGAGAAAUGCGCAGAGUGUUUGAUGGCUUGUUUUCGCGUUUGCGCAGCUGAUAAUAUAAUUUCAGAGGAGGAAACAAAGAGAUGGGGAAUGCUAGCCUUAAUUAAUCAAUUGCUGAAAAUAUUAGAAUUUAACAAGCUGCAUUUGUGCAAACCUUUGAUACGAGCCAUAGAAUCAUCCCCUUAUAAGGAUCAUUUUGCACUGGCGCAACAGAUUACAUACAAAUUUUUUGUUGGCCGGAAAGCCAUGUUUGAUAGUGAUUAUAAAAUUGCCGACGAAUAUUUGACGUACGCAUUUGAACACUGUCAUAUACAAUGUUCAAAAAACAAGAGAUUGAUCUUAACUUAUCUCGUACCUGUGAAAAUGUUAUUAGGAUAUAUGCCAAAACAAAGCCUAUUAGAAAAGUAUAAUUUAAUGGAAUUCUAUGAACUCAUGGAAUCUGUAAGAAAGGGAGAUUUACGUUCUUUAGAAGGAGUAAUGGUGAAACAUGAAGUUUUCUUUAUAGAUGCCGGUAUAUAUUUAAUCGUGGAAAAACUGAAAUUGAUUGCUUAUAGAAAUUUAUUCAAGAAAGUGUAUUUAGCAUUGAACACGCAUCAAAUACCAGUUCAAAGUUUGCUCAUAGCAUUACAAAUCAAUGGAAUGGAGGAUAUAAAUAUGGAUGAGACAGAAUGUCUUCUUGCAAAUUUGAUAUACGAAGGCAAAAUUAAAGGCUACAUAUCUUAUCAACAUAAGAAAUUAGUUAUAUCUAAACAAAAUCCUUUUCCUCCUUUAUCUACAAUUAUAUCAUAAAUGACUGAAAUUGUAAUCUAUCCUUACUAUUUCUGUAAUAAAUAUAUUUUAUUUUUUACAAUUUUA